CCCCUUCUUCUUCUCCUCCCCCGCGCUGAAGACGACGCAAGCCCUCGCCUCAUCCACUCCCGCAAACCCCUCGCCGACUCAGAUCCCGCCGCUCCGUGCCGCCGCCGCCGCCAUGCCGUUCACCCCGGGCCCCUACUCCGGCGUCAGCACCCUCGCCCUCGUGGCGAGGGCGUCGGCCUUUGGCGUCGGCGUCGUCUACGGGAGCAUCAAGCUCUCCAUCCUCAAGAAGAUGAAACCUAAAAAGGAGGAAGCACAUGCUCAUCACUAAGGAUGACAGGGAUGCAAUGUGUUAGCUGCAGUUGAAGGAUGUCAUAAAUUGGCAGUGUACCCCUUCUCCAUACGUGCAUUUGGGUUUAUGAUUUGUGGACCUCUUGUCUGUAACACACCAGCUGAGUUACCUUAGUUUUUCGUCGCAAUAAGUUCUUGAUCCCAUAACUUGAAAUCAGGAAGUAAAGGGCAAAAGCUGAAAAGAACCCUUUUUUUUGCCAACCUUUUUGAAGUUCAGCAAUGAGAUAUGCUGAGGUUUUGCAUGCC